AUGUUGGUUUUUUUUAUAUUUCUCCAUCAUACAGAUAAAUUCUACUUCUUGACAUUUCAAAAUGAUAAACUUAAAAGUUCCUCGGAGGUGCAUUAUUUUUGCACGGAUGAUCAAUUCACUUACAAGAAUUUCAAUUUAGAUUUUGGACCAUUAAAUCUGGCAAUGAUCUGUCGCUAUUGUAUUUUGGUCAGAAAAAAAAUUGAGUCAUUCCAAGCCACAGGAAGAAAAUUGUGUCAUGUGACGUCUCAAGAUUCAAAAAAACGAACUAAUGCUGCUUUUCUUGUAGGAUGUUAUUCUGUGCUUGUUGCAGAAAAAUCUCCAGAAGAAACUGUCCGAUGUUUGAUUUCGCAACCUAAAGUUCCUAUCUAUCUGCCUUACAGAGAUGUGUCAUUAGGUCCUUCGUUGUACAACUUAGGAUUGUUGGACUGUUUCAGAGCACUUGUAAAAUCUAGAACUUUAGGAAUCUUCAAUUUGACCUCAUUCAACGUAGCUGAGUAUGAACACUUGGAGAAAAUGGCAAAUGGCGAUAUAAAUUGGAUAAUACCGGAAAAAUUUUUGGCACUUCCUGGUCCCCAAAAUAAACUAUUGGCUAACAAAGCAGGAUUCAUGUCACACACUCCAGAGUUUUACAUUCCUUAUUUCAAACAAAACAAUGUCACUUCAGUAGUUAGAUUAAAUAAAGACAUGUACCCCUCUAAAAAGUUCACCGAUGCAGGUAUAAAACACUAUGACAUGUAUUUCCCCGACGGAACCGUUCCCCCAAUAGCUUUAGUAAAAAAAUUCAUGGAUGUUUGUCAUAAAACACCCGGAGCAAUUGCAGUACACUGCAAAGCUGGUUUGGGGAGAACAGGAACAAUGAUAGGCUGUUACAUGAUGAAAUAUAUGAAAUUUACAGCGGCGGAAAGCAUAGCCUGGCUUAGGAUGGCCAGACCUGGUUCAGUUAUUGGCAUGCAACAAGUUUUUCUCAACGAGUCAGUGUCACAUUCAGCUAUGACAAUAACUAUUUUGACAAACAAAAAUUUAAAAAAAUUAAAAUAA